CCUAGAUUCAAUGUGUUGGAAUUCUUUACAAGGUUUGAAAAAUUAUUAGAUGAUGUGAGAUACCAAGAAUUGGAAUCUAAUUAUGAGAUGAGUCAACUUAAACCCGCAUUGAAGAUGAAUGUUCCUAUUUUGAGAAAUGCUAGAGAUAUAUAUAUACAUCUAAAAUCUUUGAUUUAUUUCAGCAAGAAUAUGAGAAGUCUUUGGGGAUAGUAGUUAAAACAUGCAUUGAAAGUCCACCUUUGUAUGAAUACAAGGUUUGUGUGUAUGAGCUACAAAGAGAACAUAAGGUUACUUUUGAUUCAGAAAGUAAAAGAAUUGGUUGUUGUUGCAUGUCUUUUGAGUUUGUUGGAUAUUUGUGCAGUCAUGUUCUAAAAGUUCUUGAUAUUUGGAAUUUAAAGGUAGUUCCUUCUCAAUAUAUGUUAAAUAGAUGGACAAAACAUGCUCUUGAUGGGUGUGUGGUGGACUAUAAAGGGAGAAUUGUGAAAGAAGAUCCUAGACAGGUUGUUUCAAACCGAUCCAAGGAUUUAAGUCGCAGCGCAGUUACAGUGGCAAGUAGAGCAGCUCAAUCUGAGGAUGCAUCUAUCUUUUUUGCAAGAAAGAUGGUUGAGUUAAGCCUUGAAGUGGAAAAUUUUUUCACUAAAGCUGAUAAAAAUGUAGAUGAUGGAUAUUUCAACUCUAUGGCUAUGAAUUCUUCUCAAAGUGUUGACAUUAAUGAUGCUUUUACAAGUGAGCAAAAUGAGAUCUCAAAGGUCGAAGAAAAAAAAGUUUCCUUGAAAAAGGGAAAAAAAACAAGAAAAAACCAAGUAGCUAUAGCAAGGAGUGCUUCACCAACUAUUCCAUUAUCUAGAGAUAACAUUCCAAUUAUUGCUUCAGUGAGCACCUUGGGGGUGUCAUCUUCAUGUGUGACCUCUCAGUUGAUAAAACCAGUUGCCCAACAUAUCCAAAUAUCCAAUAUGGAAGUUGUCAUACCUACAUCAAGCAAUUCUGCUUCAAAGGGAAUACUUAUCGAAGAUGAGAUGGAUUUAACUGAAGAUUAGAUGUGUUAAGAAAAAACAAAACUGAAUGAUAUUGUCAUGAAAUUUAUAAUGAGUUUUGCUUGUUAUCUCAUGAUUUUGUUUAUUGUUAUGAUGUAAUGGUUGGGAGUGUUAGGAUCUUUUAUUUCUUGUUUUGGAAUUGCUGGACAUU